AUGCAAGAAGAUUAAUUCAUUCUUGAUGAGACAAUCAUUUAAGAAUUAACUUGUACAGGGAGAGGCAGGUUUUCAUCAUUCUUUGGAGAAGAAUCUACAAGAGACUUUUCAUGUUCUGACUUCAGAUAAUCUUCAUCGAUUGCUCAAUUAACUUAGAAAGAGGUAGAACCUAUUUCUUUUGAAGCUAAUGAAAGAAAUGAUGUAUCAGAAUUCCAGAUAUAUCCGACAAAUUCUUUGAGUUUUAACUCUAAUCAAUUCACUCUCUUCAAUGAUGAAGAGAAGUUGGAAAAAGAAGAUGCUACCUCACAGAUUAAAGUACACAAUGAGCAGAGCAAAAUCUAAUAACGCUUAUUAGAGCUUAUGAAUCGAUUGAAGUCUAAGAUCAAUAACAUAGAUGUUCUUUUAAUCCCAAACUCGAUAUCUUAAAUGACACCAAUGCUUUUUGAAGAACUCAAUGAAAAAGACAAGAUUCUUGUAACUUAGAUAAUUAAAGAUGAUAUCGACUUCUCCAUUUUAGAGUUGCUAAUCAAGGAUGGGACCAUCAAUAACUAUGAAACAUUUGAAUACUCUAUGACUAGAAUGGUCACUCAGAGAACCACCAAACUCUAUAAAAUGUUUUCAAAUUUCAAAGGAGACUAUGAGAAUCUUUUACUAUCUAUGAGGAACACACUGGUCAACAAGAUUGCAAAACUAAUAGUGCAAAAGCAUGACAAGAGAAUGAUCAUAGAGAAUGUGAGACAAAACGCCAAUGGGGAUUAUAGUUUUAAAGUCAGAAUGCAUGAAAGAGAGAAAAAGCCAGUGAGUUUAAUGAGUUUGGAUAUUAACAGGCUUUUAGAUAUCUAUAGGCGCCUUGAUAAGCUUUGA